UUGUUACUUAAGUUAAGCAGUUGUCUGUGUGUCCUUGUUGUGAAAUAAAAUGUUACAAUUGAAUAAUUUUGUGUGUCCAGUCCACUCAUUGCAUCUGUCCAUGUAAUAGGAUACCAGCCAUGCAUUUGUUUCUCUGCAGUGGCUGCAACAGUAUCAUCAUCAUGUUCCACAGCACAGGGGUUUCCAUGGUGAGGCAUUGUAGCAUUUUUCACCUGCUGCAAAAGUAGAUGGCUGGCUUAGCCAAAGGGAUUAAGUAAUAAAUGGGGGCACUGGUAGUAUCCAAUAUGACUGCAGUGGUAAAAACACUGUCCCUUAAACGUCCUGUGGGCAAAGACUUCCACCUGUCCACCAACAUCCCAUUUCUGGACAGGAACAAUCCAGAUGCCUUCUCAACAUGUUCCCAGAAGGACUUCCAGCCUUUUUCAUCCAAGAAGGCAGAACCUUUCCGUCCGCCAGCCCAAGCCCAGUUGGACCACAAGGACUUGAGGCACAUCAAGGAGUACCUGACAGAGGCGAUGGUGUCCUACCAGCGUCAUCCAAUACUAAAGAUCACUCGCACCCCACGCUGGACCACACUUCACACCAACUUCAAGAUGCAAACAGACCCAGGGGAGGUUGCUUUCCUCACCACACAGUCCCAGAAUUUCCAGCCGCAGCCCUUCCAGCCCCCUCCCACUCUCAUCCGACACACAAAGGCCAACAAGAAGACCCAACACGUGGAAAAGCUCCCGGAGAGCACCAGCAAAGCCUCCUUCAUCCCACACCAUCGCUGCCCUGUUGUAAAAGCGACAGCUAAACAUCUAGAAGAGGGCUUCCCCACAAUCAAAGGGGACAGACGCGGUCACAGCUUUGUCUCUCAUUACAACAACACCUUCCAGGGAGCCUGGAGCAGAGUGGCUAAACCUGUAGAAAAGCACUCCUCAGUGACUCUGGGUGAUCCUGGGAAGAUUGUCGAGAGAGAGACGACCCACGCUAAGUCAUUUAGCUGGCCCACUGUUUGCAGGCCAGCUGUGGUGAAGGAGCUUUUGAAGCUCAAUCUUGGAAAUUUCUCUAAGGACUCAUGGUCGUCCACAUCCAGAGAAGCCUUUUGUCACCACAAGCUAGGAGAUCCAGUUGUUGUGAUGAGGGGGAACCAAAAUCUUCAUUCCAUACCCAAGGGGGACACUGAUGCGAGGUGCAACAAAGAGAUGAUGUAUGUCACCACCAACAGAAUUUCCUUCUCUGAUCUAAACCACAAAGAGCGUCCGGUGCACGUGCUCGGGGCCGACCUGAUGACCAAGAGCCAUGUACAGUUCAGCCCACCUCAUCUGUCGGGCCUGUACUACACAACCACGGCCAAACAACACUACAGCAAACAGGAGGGAGAGCGCGCCAGACCAGCCAUUCAGCUGCCGAGCAACAUACUGAUCGGACCAGAACAUGAGUUCAACCCCAGCACUACCAGGACUGAUUACCUCCCUUUGAAGACCUGCAGACAAACACCUGUCUCAUCACAGCAGAGGAGCAACAUCAGGUUUCCGCUGGCUGAUCAGCACUUCCGCACCUCCCACAGUGAAGACUACACGGCCAAACCUUUGAUCUUGCAGCCACCUGCCCACAGCCAGUUGAGCACUCAUUUUGUCAUGCUGUAACUAAAGCCACUAUGUCAUCA